GAGAAAUGACGAUUAUUCGCCGAGGCAACGUCUUCGACUCGUUGGGGGAGUUUCACUUCGGAUCCAACAGCCUCUCCCAUCCCCGAUCUAGUAUAUGUGGCAAGAUUUCAAAUUUUGCCGAAGUAUGUUUCGACUGGAAGGAGACGUCAGAGGCGCACGUGUUCAAGGCCGACCUCCCAGGGCUGAAGAAGGAGGAGGUGAAGGUGGAGGUGGAGGAACAAGGGCGGUGGCUUUGGAUCAGCGGGGAGAAGAAGCGGGAAACAGAGGAGAAGGGCAUAAUCUGGCAUCACAUGGAGCGCAGUAGUGUCAACUUCCAACGACACUUCCGUUUACCGGAAAAUGCGAAGGUGGACGGCGUGAGGGCCGCCAUGGAGAACGGCGUUCUCACCGUCACGGUACCUAAGGAGGAGGUUAAGAAGGUUGGCGUGAUGUCCAUAGAGAUCUCGGGCUGA